CGUAACGGUGUUCUCUCUUUCGUUGUCUCUGCCUCACAAACGUUCGUCUGUCCGUUCGUCUUUGCGAUUGUCAAUGCGAUCGGUGCGUUUGGCAGGUUAAUGACCGUUCGGAAGCAGGCGGAAGCGGAGGCGGAAGCAGAGGCGGAAGGGGAAGCGGAGUAGUAGGAGCAGGGGGAGGAGAAGGACAACGAAUCAUAGUAAGGAGGGAAACCAAGUGCGCGGCUUUUUUGUGACUCUCUCGUUCGGAGUCGGUGCGCUUGCGCUUUUCGAUUGACGUCAUCCAAUCAAUGGUCAACGCAUUAAUCCAGCCGGGGGCGGCUGCUGCGCACACGAGAAAACUUCUUCGAUCCCCGACUUUGUCAAAUCGUGGGAGGUUCUGCCACGUGGCAGAUGUGAAAGCUGGAAUGUCGUCGUUGGCGUCCGCCACGGUGGCGGACCCCCGGCCAUUACAUCGGCGACCGGUACUCCGCUUAUCAUCGUGCAUCAGAGGGCGUCUGGCAUUGCAUGGGCGACCGGUAGUCCGCUUAUCUUCGUGCAUUAGAGGCCCUGUUUCUUCCUCCUUCCUUGCGGCCUCCUUUUCUUCUUUUUCCUCCUCCUCCUCCUCCUCCUCCUCUUGGAAUUUCCAUCGAUCUUCCGUCAGACCGUCAUCUGUAUCAACGGUCCGAUCUGAGCACACCAAAACGUUCUCCACGUCAUCGGCGCGCAGUGUGGCGUUGUCGCGACGUCUCAGUCCCGGUAAGAGGAAUCUGCCUCUUGAGGGAAAUUGGUGUUUGUCAGCUUCUUCGUCUUCUUCUUCUUCUUCUUCUUCUUCUUCUUCUUCUUCCUCUUCCUCUAAAGUUUUUUUUCUGGACAGACGCCGGCCACGUGGCGGGAUAUCUGGAGAGGGAGUGGUGAGGAGAAGCAGUCCCGGCGGAGCGGCUGGUCCCGACAAAGGGGGGUUUCUGCCAUCUCUCCCACGCCGGUUCUUGCUACAGGGAGCCUUUCGCAACAUGCUUGGCAUCGGGAUAGGGGUCGUACUCCUAGGUAACGCCCUAUCCCGACCACGCAUGGCGUUCGCACGAUCCAAGACUUCGAAUGUCGAUCAGUCUUCCGCUUCGCUAUCUUGCUCUAUCCGUGACAGAACUCCAGACACGGACUUCUAUUCUUUUCCAAGAUUUGUGACUCACAUCGAUGAUCCGGCAAUCAAUGCGCUCUCCAAGUACUACGCUUCGGUGUUUCCCCCUACCAACACUCCUGGUGUGACCAUCUUAGACUUGUGCAGCAGUUGGAUUAGCCAUUACCCAGCUGGAUACAAACAAGAAAGGAUUGCAGCAGUUGGGCUUAACGAGGAAGAGCUGAGGCGGAAUACGGUUCUGACUGAGUACAUUGUCCAAGACCUGAACAAAGAUCCCAAGCUGCCUUACGAGGACAAUUCUUUUGAUGUCAUCACAAACGCGGCUUUGGACAUUUCACCAAAUCCGGGAAGGACCGAUCCCAUGUAUGUUGUUUUCUCAAGGAAGCUGAGAGCAUGACGGCAACGGAUGCUAGUUGCUGUGUUUUCUACUUUUUAUUGUUAUCACAUCCUAUAAUCGUCUUGUUUGAAUUAUGAAACAAAGUUAAGGAAAUCUA